GUGCUGCUCGGGCGCGUGCGUGUGGGCGCAUGCGCGUUCCUGUAGCGCCCCGGUUAGGCUGUGAGGGCGUGAGGGCCACUAUGGCGGCGACGUUCUUUGGGGAGGUGGUGAAGGCGCCGUGCCGAGCCGGGACGGAGGACGAGGAGGAAGAAGACGAAAGGAGGAAGGAGACGCCCGAGGACAAGGAGGUCCGGCGGCAGCUGGCGCGGAAGAGGGAGGUGCGGCUCCUUCGAAGACAAACGAAAACAUCUUUGGACAUUUCUCUGCUAGAAAAAUAUCCUUGCUCCCAGUUUAUAAUUGCUAUAGGAAAUAAUGCAGUAGCAUUUUUGUCAUCAUUUGUUAUGAAUUCAGGAGUCUGGGAGGAAAUUGGUUGUGCUAAACUCUGGAAUGAAUGGUGUAGAACAACGGACACCGCACAUCUGUCCCCCACAGAGGCUUUUUGCGUGUUUUAUCAUCUGAAAUCGAAUCCCUCGGUUUUUGGUUCGUCUCCAAGGAAGAAUAUGCAAAUAACUGUUCUCACAUGUCGACAUGUUACCGAUUAUAAAACUUCAGAAUCUACCAGCAGCCUUCAUCCUCCUUUCCUGAAAGCCCUAAAAACACAGAAUUUCAAAGAGCCUCCAUGCUGUUCACUGCUAGAACAACCCAAUAUUGUGCAUGAUCUUCCUGCAGCAGUUCUGAGUUACUGUCAAGUAUGGAAAAUCCCCGCCAUUCUGUACUUGUGUUAUACUGAUGUGAUGAAAUUAGACCUAAUUACAGUUGAAGCUUUUAAGCCUGUACUUUCUUCCAGAAGCUUGAAAGGUUUGGUUGAGAAUAUUCCCCAGAGCACAGAGAUGCUGAAGAAAUUGAUGACGACAAAUGAGAUUCAGAGUAACAUUUACACGUGAUUCCAGAGAGUGUUUUGUAAAGUGUGUCACCCAUCCAUUCCUUUUCGGGGAGCAACUGCACCAUUUUAUGGGUUAUUUUUUUUUCAAGGGGGUACUUUGAGGGUGUUAAAAACAGAAUAAACUUAUUUAAAUUCAUUGUAGUUUUAGUUUAUAUUUUAUGGUGGUGCUGUUCACGACUGAAAUAAUCCAGAUGUUUUUCUUUAUCCACUAGAUGGGAGUAUUGUUGUAUUUGAAUAUUUUGAGGUAAUAGAGUUAAAAUUUUUAAAAGCUGCAGAUGACAACAGGUUGUAUUAAUAUGGCGCAGUAUUGUUAAUUUAGUGCAAAAAUUUGGUAUGCUAUCUGAGAGUUGGUGACCUGUUGGUGGUUCUUAAUAUGUGGAAAGUUUCUGACUAUGUUAUGACAUCUACAGUUUUUUUUUGUUUUAUGGAUAAAAUUGAUAAGGUAACAAAAUUACAUAUUUGCUCAAAAUGAAACAGAAAGUUGCAUUUCAUCACGUCAGCCCUAUCUGACAGGGUAGCCCCUCCACCCAGACUUUGCCAAGGUGGGCUGUGUUGGUAUCACCAGCUCUACUGGGGCAGAGCGUUGUCAUUUGAAUAUGACUUGAGUCAUGAACUUUGAGUAGCCACACUACUUUACAAAACCACAAAGUAAAGUUCAUUAGUGAAAAUAAAGUUUAAAAUGGUGGAGCUUAGAAAUGCUUCUUAUCCUUUUUCUUUCUUGUUAAUUAUUGACUAUCUAUUACAGAUUUAGACAACUUACCCAUUUAUGUCUUCUAGAUUCGGUUCAUUUACUGUUUCAGUAGUGGAGGGGGUUGGGGUAGGAGACACUGUGUUGGCUGACUCCUUGAGUAAGCUCAGUUUCCUCCAAGUAAUAGAGUGCUGGAAGUUUUGUGCAUGGCCUAUGUGUGCACAUGUCCUGAUGAUAGAAAUUGAAGUGUUUUCCUCAUUGUAGAAAAGCAUGCAUCUAUUUAGAAGUGUGUUUGCAGAGCCCUGAAGUAAUAUCAGUUGUGAGAAUGAAAAGACAUAAAAAUCUAGAUGAAUUGAAUUUCAAGGCCAAAGUAUCCAGACAGAUAAGAACAAAGCAGUUAAACUGUCUUGUCCAUCAGCUCUUACUACCUAGUACCCGCACUUGACCUUGGAGGCUGAAAGCAGCCACCAUCCAUUUUUCAUGAGUCUGUAGAGUGGAGGGUGCCCCUGCCAGUCUGUACCAUGGACGGUUGGUCUUGGCUUCUGCCUCUACCGUCACAUAUCUGACGUGAGCUGGCCGGGCCUGGCUGGUGUAGGAUGGCCUUGGCUGGCAUGGCUUGGCUCGGCUCUCUUCCACAUGUCACACUGUUCCCUCAGCUGGGGAACCUGGAGAUGUGCUCAGACCUGCCCCAGCAUUUUUUGUAGCGAUUGCAGUGAGCAAGGGAGGGAACGGAAACUUGGCAGUGCCUUUCCAAGCCUCUGUCAGGCCUGCUGCAGCCCCGGUGCUCACAUGCAGAGGCAGGAUGGGAAGGCCCACCAAAAGUUUGGAUGGGGGGGCGUGACAAACGGGGGCCAUUAGGACAAUCCACCUACCUGCGUCUGCCCUCUGACCACAAUUACUCAGGCCCUCCCACCUGCAAAAUAGGCUCACCCCCGUCCUAGGACACCCAGAGUCACCUCCAGUUAUAUCAGGUUUGAAGUCCAGGGUCUUGUCAUCUAGAUGCGUCUUCUACAGAAACCUACAAAAGAAAACUACAAGUGGUCCUUUACAGACUAGGUGCACGUGGUGACAGGGACAGGCCGUCUGCAAGAAAUAUUUCCCACCUGAAAGGCAAAGACUAGGACACGUGAGUGGUCACUGGUCCACCAAGUCGAAAUUCCACUGGACAAAUAGUGCCAGACCGCCUGCCUCUGGAGUGAGAAGUGUUCCUUGACGGGGCUUAGUUUCUGUUCUCUGGCAGAGCCUCUCCAGUCUCGUUCUUGGCCCUAAGAUGUCGUUUUUCAUCACAUUCCUUGCCUAGUCCGAAAGAAAUGAUCUUUGAUAGCAGCUGAGUAGCUUUCUUAUCCAUAGAAAGAUGAGUGCGUGAAGUACAAUAUUCUUAAAAGCAUUGUGGGCUCCCUACAUAUCUAAUUAUAGCCUGCUCCAUGCUCUCAGUGUCAAGAACUAUGAAGGGUCUGAGAUCCUGCUGACGUGCAAACUUACAGUAAACCUGCCACAAUUUUAUGGAUCCUGGAAUAAGACCUGAGACUCGUGAGUUGGAGAACGGACUUGAUGACAGCAUAGCAAGAAGUGUGAGCUCCACGUUUGUGUCACUUAAUGCUUGUCCCCCAAGCCCCAUGGAGACGAUGCAGAACCGUCCAUGUGUGUGCUGUGCACGCAGUGGGUCUGCGUCCCAGCUGAGGAACCUCACACGUAGGGAGUCCAAAUCUUUUGUUAUAGACAGCAAGCAACCUGCUUUUUCUCUGUAGGAGGCGUUAAUCUUAAGGACAUUAAGCACAUCUGCCCUUGGCUGUAAGAGACACGAUCUCUGCCUUCCAAGCCUUUGCUAUACAGACAGCCUUGAAAAGACAGCACCUGUGCCCUCCCAGUGCAGAAAUGGGAGGCCUGUGAAGAACGGUCUUCCAGUAAUAUUCACCCUUUGUACCUUUACUGCACCUGGUCAGUCUGCCCAGCUGGAUUUGUGAACAGCUUGGACGCUGGGAUGAAAGGAGCCAGGAUGAAACCCAGGGCUGUGGUCUGAGCAACCAGAAGAAACGCUGCAUCAGCUGAGACGGGGGACACCGGAUUACAGAGAAGCCCAGUGUGAUUUGGGGGUAACUGAGAUGUCAACUAGACAUUCAGGUGGGGGUGUUGAGUGGGCAGUUGGACCUAGCCUGGUGCUUGUGAGACAAGCUUGGCUGGCAGCUAAAGACAGGUGUCGUCUGCAAAGGGACCAUUUAGCGUGGGCCUGGGUGACAUCACCAGGCAGUGAAUAUGAAGAGGACAAAAGGAAGGGCCUAGGCCCUGCAGGGCUGGUGGUCAGGGAGCUGACAGGAGACCGAGAAGAGCACCUGGGAAGGUAGGACGGAACCAGGAGGCCAUGGUUUCCUGGAAGCUUGUGAUGAAAGUGCUUGAAGCCGGAGGAAGUCUUAUUUGGGCUUCCUGCUGCUGACACAGCAAGGAAAGCGAAGACCAACGCUUCAUGGUGGAUUUAGCAGUGUGUUGGGUGGUUGAAUGAGUUAUAUGUUCCUUUCUACUGAUCAAUAAUCAUUUAGGAGUAUAGAAUUUGUAAUUGAUAUUCUUGCCAAUACAUCAUUAAUUUGAAUGGUGGUGGUUUCUGGAGAAAUGGGAUCAGAAUGCACACACAUGAUUAACUACAAUUCUGACUUCCCUCUCUUUAAUGCCAGUGGAGACUCAUUUCCGAAUUGUCUUCCAGCCUUGCAAUCUUACUUUGGGCUGGGGAGAAGGGAAGAGAGAAGGAGGAUGUACACGAAAGAUGAAAGAAAGAAAGGACUUCCUGCAUUGAUGGCUGCCUGGAAUUCUGGUUUUAGGGAAGAGGGAUGAGCAAUUGAGCAUGGAUUCCAAUAAAUCCGCUUGGAUAGAGUAGGCUGGGUCGGAGUCUCCAAUCACAGGGGGAGAUCAGUUAGCGUGCCGUGCCUUCCAGCUCUGUGCAGCUUCUGCGUUUACUAAUCGCCUUUAGAAUAGCUUGCUGCCGGCUAUCCAAUCUAGCUCACACCCUCACAUAGUCACCAGAGUGACAACACGGAUGGACCUAGACGGUAUUGUGCUGAGUGAAGUAAGUCAGACAAGUGCCAUAUAAUCUCAUAUGUGGA